AUGACCAAGCGCAUCUUCAAGAGCAUCGAUCCGACUCCGGACUGGGUCCCGUCGGGCGGUCUCGAUGUCCUGGUCCUGGCAAUCCGAGAAAUGCCCGUUUCGUCGAACGGCAAGCCUUAUCAUGAGGGGACCUUUAGAUGGGCUUUACACCACCACGUUUUCGGGGCAGUCCAA